ACGGCCGCAAGCCGCCAUUGUCAGUUUGUCACUAACCUCCACCCAGUGCUAAUCCAGUAAUCAAUCCCACCGCUGCAAUCUCCCUUCUCUCUCGUCUGUCUAACCACCCUCGAGCAAAUCCAGCUCUGUUCCCGGCUGUCCCGUUCUACCUAAUAUUCCAUGGCCGCGUUGCUGCUUCGCCGCGCGGCCGCCGGCCGCAGGCGGUGUCCGGCGGAGGUGCUGCGGAGGCUGGUGUCCUCGGAGGCGGCGCCGGCGCCGCGGCCUCCGCCGGAAAUGCCGCCGUUCGAGCACCGGCCGCGUCCGUACGCGGGGAUGGGCGGCGAUGAGAUCCUCGAGAAGAGGAAGAAGUUCCUUGGCCCUUCCCUCUUCUACUACUACCAGAAACCGCUCAACAUCGUGGAAGGGAAGAUGCAGUACCUAUAUGAUGAGCAUGGCAAGAGAUACCUUGAUUGCUUUGGAGGCAUCGUAACGGUUUCAUGUGGCCAUUGCCAUCCUGAUAUUGUGAAUGCUGUGUUGGAGCAGACCAAGUUGCUCCAGCACACAACCACCAUAUAUUUGCAUCACGCCAUCGUGGAGUUUGCUGAAGCACUUACCUCCAAAAUGCCAGGCAAUCUCAAGGUUGCUUAUUUUGUCAAUUCUGGGACGGAAGCGAAUGAAUUGGCAAUGUUGAUGGCUCGGUUGUAUAGCGGGAAUCUCAGCAUGAUUGCAUUGAGAAAUGGAUAUCACGGUGGGAGUGCUGGAACAAUAGGAUUGACAGGUCUGCAGACGUGGAAGUAUCCAAUUCCUCAGGGUGAGAUUCAUCAUGUCAUGAACCCAGAUCCUUACCGUGGAGCUUUUGGGUCUGAUGCUGCAGCUUAUGCCAAGGAAGUUGAAGAACAUAUAAAUUAUGGAAGCUCAGGAAGGGUUGCAGGUUUCAUUGCAGAAACUUUCCAAGGUGUCGGUGGUGCUGUUGAACUUGCUCCUGGAUACCUGAAGUCAGUCUAUGAUACUGUUCGGAAGGCUGGUGGUGUCUGUAUAGCUGAUGAGGUCCAAAGUGGUUUUGGUCGCACUGGAAGUAACUACUGGGGAUUCCAGACGCAAGAUGUCAUCCCUGACAUUGUAACAAUGGCAAAGGGAAUUGGCAAUGGUCUACCCUUGGGUGCAGUUGUCACUACUCCCGAGAUUGCAAACGUAAUGGCUCAAAAGAUUCAGUUUAACACAUUUGGUGGCAAUCCUGUUUGCUCUGCUGGUGGAUUGGCUGUGCUUAAGGUUCUUGACAAGGAGAAACGCCAGGCACAUUGUGCAGAUGUUGGUGCUCACUUGGUGGAGCGUCUGAAAUCGCUGCAGCAGAAGCAUGAAAUCAUUGGAGAUGUGAGAGGAAGGGGACUGAUGCUUGGGGUGGAGCUGGUUACUGACAGAAAGGAGAAGACACCAGCCAAGGCUGAGACUGCUGUACUGUUCGAGAAACUAAAGGAUCUUGGCAUCCUAGUUGGAAAAGGCGGUCUGCACGGCAACGUCUUCAGGAUAAAACCACCAAUGUGCUUCUCCAAGGACGACGCAGAUUUCUUGGUGGACGCCAUGGACUACACGAUGUCAGGGUUUUGAGGAUCCUGAAAGUUCUGCUCCUGACUGGACGAUCACCACCAGGCACCGCGACGACGGAGUGCAUGCUUCCCCUGGUAGCCCUGACACCUACCAAUAGCUCGGCUGCGUAUUUACAAGUAUAUCAUGUCCCCUGGGUGGCUCGGCUGUUGUGUUUGUGAUUGUCAUGGUGAAACAGAAUCCCCAGGGAUGAUGAAUAAAUGAAGCGGAGAAAAACAUCAGAAAUG